GGGGGCGGGUGCAGGGGCUCGUGUCGGGUGGGUCACUUGCCCACCCCGAGCUUCUGAUCCCGAAAGAGCAGCGUGUCCCAGCGCCCUGUGACUGAGCCUGGCCGGCUGCAGCUCAACAUCCAUGUUUUCUGCCAGACCCUUACAUCCUUCCAGGGACCAGAGAAGGAAAAUGGCUGCAGUGAAGCCAUUUGAGGGGCCAGUGACUUUUGAGGAGGUGGCUGUGUAUUUCACCAGGGAAGAGGGGGCUCUGCUGGACCCCACUCAGAGAACCCUCUACAGAGAUGUCAUGCAGGAGAAAUAUGAGACAGUGGUCUUUCUGGCAGGGUUUCCAGUUUCCAACCGUGAUGUGAUCUUGCAGCUGGAACAAGGGAAAGAGCCUUGGGUCCCAGACCUCCACAACUCUGAGAAAAAAGUGCUCCCAAGAGCUCCUGGCACAGGUGUUGGGAUGGUGAGUGAGAAUGAGGAGAAACCCCAGCAGGAAGAUGCCGAGCAAGUAGAACCACAUGCAACAUUAUCAGGAAGCUCCAAAGGGAAUGAUUCCAGGAGUUGUGCACUCCCAGAAAAAGCAAAAGCCUGUGAGAGUCAUCACAGGCCAGAGGAAAACUUUAAUAGUCACUCAGACCUUAUUACAUGCGAGAUAAUCAACUUGGAAGGAACAUGCUACACAUGUCAUGAAUGUGGGAAAAGCUUCAAUGGGAGCUCUGACCUUCUCAUACAUCAGAGAAUCCACAGAGGAGAGACACCCUACAUGUGCUCUGAGUGUGGGAAAAGGUUCAAUUGGAGCUCAGCCCUUAUCACACAUAGGAGAAUCCACACUGGAGAGACACCCUACAUGUGCUCUGAGUGUGGGAAAAGCUUCAAUCAAAGCUCACACCUUAUCACACAUAGGAGAAUCCACAUGGGUGAGAAACCUUAUGGAUGCUCUGAGUGUGGAAAACGCUUCAGUCGGAACUCACACCUUAUUACACAUAGGAAAAUCCACACUGGCGAGAAACCUUAUGGAUGCCCUGAGUGUGGGAAACACUUCAUUGAUAGUUCAGCCCUCAUCUCACAUCAGCGAAUUCACACAGGAGAGAGGCCCUACAUAUGCUCUGAGUGUGGGAAAAGCUUUAGUUGGCACUCACACCUUAUCACACAUCAUAGAAUCCACACAGGAGAGAAACCCUACGCAUGCGCUGAGUGUGGGAAACGCUUCAUUGGUAGUUCAGCCCUCAUCUCACAUCAGCGAGUCCACACCAGUGAGAGACCCUACACAUGCUCUGAGUGUGGGAAAAGCUUCAAUCAGAGCUCUGCCCUGACCACCCAUCAGAGAAUCCACACAAGAGAGAGACCCUACAUGUGCUCUGAAUGUGGGAAACGCUUCAGUUAUAGCUCAUCCCUUACCACACAUCAGCGAAUCCACACGGGUGAGAAACCUUAUGGCUGCUCUGAGUGUGGGAAAUGCUUCAUUGAUAGUUCAGCGCUCAUCUCACAUCAGCGAAUCCAUACAGGAGAAAGGCCCUACACAUGUUCCAAGUGCGGGAAAAGCUUCAAUAAGACCUCAAACCUUAUCACACAUCAGCGAAUCCACACUGGAGAAAUGCCCUACACAUGCUCUGAGUGUGGGGAACACUUCAGUUAUAGCUCAGCCCUUACCACACAUCAGAGACUCCACAUGGGUGAGAGACCCUACACGUGCUCCAUGUGUGGGAAAAGCUUCAAUCAGAGCUCUACCCUGAUCACACAUCAGAGAAUUCACACAGGAGAGACGCCCUACACAUGCUCUGAGUGCGGGAAAAGCUUCAAUCAGAGCUCUAGCCUGAUCACACAUAGGAGAAUCCACACAGGUGAGAAACCUUAUGGAUGCUCUGAGUGUGGGAAAUGCUUCAAUCGGAGCUCACAACUUAUCACACAUAGGAGAAUCCACACUGGUGAGAAACCUUAUGGAUGCUCUGAGUGUGGGAAAUGCUUCAAUCAGAGCUCACAUCUUAUUAGACAUAGGAGAAUCCACACCAGAUAGACAGCCCACACAUGCUCUGAGGGUGGGAAACGCUGCAAUUAGCGCUCAAACCUUAUUAGACAUCAGAAAAUGCACCUGAGAGAGACUUGUCAUAAAUGCCUUGACCAGUCUGGCCAAGGAUUU